AUGCUUUAUAUUGGCAUCACUGCAGAAAUAAAGCGGUGAGACGUGAAAUGUACAGUAGCGUAACAUAACCUACAGUGCUGUGUAAAAGGAAAUAAGAAGAAAUUAAAUAAAUGUCAUUAUUGAAUUAAUAUAUGAUGUUGUCUUUAAAUUUGGUAUCGACAGCUAGAACUAUACUCCGUGUUGAACGACAUAUAAAUUGUAAUAUCGUAGUUAAUGAAUUUCAUCAGUCUUGUGUACAACACCUGGACCAAAGGUGGAGAGAAAAGCGUGGGUUAACAGUUAAUCCAAAUGCUUUUGGUCUAUUAACAAAUUUACCAGAUUAUACAUUUAAAGAUGGAAGACCUACACCUCUUGGAAUUAGACAAAAAGCUCGCUUAGACAAACAACGUAAUUAUGCGGCUAAAAAUUAUCAAGUUAGUAGGAGAGAUAGAUUAUGCUGUUGAAAGACAUGCAAGAUUACGAAAAAAAAGAGAAACAAAAAAGACAACAAAUCUUAGAUAAUAAAUUGAAACCCAAGGAAAUUUAUUGCUUCAAAAACAGGAAAAUAAGAUAGAAAAGUAGUUACUGUUAUGAAAAAAUAAUAUACUUGAAAUAAACAUUAUUUCAUAAUAUUA